UUUUCUUCCUUGUUUCUGUGCAGCUGUGAAACCACAAAAAGAUGCAGUAGGGUUUUCGGCUCUCUGUAGGCCUACUUGUAAAAGUACAUAAACAAAUCUGAGGUUAGACUGCCCUUCUUAACGAUCAUCUUGUUGCGUAAACUGCAUUUGGCACAUUAUAACCCAGAACAAGCUAGACGGGUUUUUAUUUAGGGCAGCGUAUGGUAAUAAUGUAAAUAGUUGCAUAUGUGUAGCAUGAGUCAUUUUUCUGGAUGGGCCAAUGAAACUAGAUGGAGGGAGUUUGAGGGAGGAUGUGAGCUCGGGGUGAGAUACAUUUUACGCACGCGUCUUCCCACACAGGAAGAAGUUUGAGGAUUCAUCUAAACUUGUUGGACUCUUCACUUUUAUUUCUCAUACAUUUUGAGCAAUGGCAGGUGAGCUGGCUUGUUUGUUAUGAUUAACAAAACAGAAAUGUGAGUUAAGUCGUGGGAGCAGGAGAAUGAUGCGUAAUGGUAGAUGGUGAAGCUCAAGCUAACUUUUUCCUGUUUCCAUGAACAAUGGUUAUUUUUCGUAACUCUGGAGUGGUUCAAGCUGUCAAAGUAGGUGUUUAGCGUAAAAAAGAGUCCAUUAAAGGUGAGUGUGAAAUUACGCGCACAAACGCUAAAUCAGGAAACAGCACAAAGACGACAAAGUAGAAAAUUAGGAAUGAAAGCGAACAUUUUUAAUAAGAUAGAAACAUGAAAAUACAGAGUGUUAAUACAAAUGUUAUACGAGGUAUCUGAUUUCCUCGUUCCUGGAGGUAAAUGAGCCUCUACUGUAGCCUACAUUCUUGGUUUCGCUUUGUUUCUCACAGCCAUCUUUAACACCUGAUUUCCAAAGAAACCACAAAUGUCUUUUCUAUAAACUUAUAGUUUAAAUCGCUCUUCAAAAAAACAGUUUUGUUGAAGAUUAUUCGGAAAUAACAUCGAGAAUAGCCAUGGACACGAAGUAUUCCUCACGUUUCCCCUUAAGUAGAAAUAAAAAUGAAGUUUUAAAAUAAAGACACUAAAAAUAAAAAGGAAGGACAUACAGCCACCAGAACACACACAUUUUCUCCUUGCAGAGACAGAAAUAUGCUUAAAAAGAAUGUCAAGAAAAAGUACAAACACUUGAAAUUGAAGUAUUUUCAAAUAUAUCUGAGUGAUUUAAACUUAAAAAAGGCUACUAGUAUGUUAGUAUAUUUCACAAGAUUUCGCUGAUAAUAGCAUUUCAUUUAAAUUUUUUUAUUGAGCUGCUGCAGUACAGUUCAAGAAAUUUGACAGGAUGGUAGAUUUAACAGAAAUGACAAAUACACUGUGUGAGAGAUGAGGCGAACUUUGUAGAUACUUGAAACAGCUAUACAGGACUCAACUAAGACAUACAGGAGCUGGUUGAGUCUUGUAGGGUGAUGGUGGGAUGUGGCAGCCUAGAAACAGAGAUAGUAGGUUUGGGAUGUUUAUCCAGAAGUGAUUGACAGAUGUCCAGUGUCAAGUGGCAUGGAUGUAGGUGUCAGCAUUUGUGAGUGCAGUGUGGACAGAUAUCUAAUGAGAAUCCCAUUUUAAAGAUUUUGUGACCAGUGAGGUGAGUUCUGUGAAGUAUUUUGUAGAGUAUAGUUGUUAAUUGGUACUGGAGGUAAUAGAGUUAAUAUUCUUGCAAAUGUGGGUCCAGAAGUCGACAGUGGGAUCAAUUAAGGCCUUCAAUUUCAUGUUUUUAAACAUUUAAGAUAUUCACAUAUCAUUACCAAUGAAGUCAAAAUGCACAUUCAUAACGAUUGGUAACACCUGUAAAUAUAAAGCAUUUUGGAGAAGGUGAGUUGAUCAGGAGAGGUAUGUACAUUGUAACAUAACCAUAUUUCCAGUAACCUUUUUUAGAAAGGUAAAAUUUCAAUGUUUCAUUUUCUUUAUUUUAGAUGCAGAGCUUAGACGUGUGAGGAGCAAGUUCGUGGAUGGACCAUCCACUGAACUCAUCAAUCAGCUCCUGGAUGACCUUUUGGAAGAUGGAGUCCUGAACAAGGGGGAGGCAGACUCAAUAAUUGAGGAAAACAAUUCCAGAGCGAACAGGGCCAGGGCUCUGAUUGACAGUGUGAUAAGGAAAGGAGAUCGUGCCAGCAGCAGGAUGAUCAACCUCCUCCAUCGCAGAGAUUCCACACUCGUUAGUGACCUAGGUCUUAAAGGUGAAUUUUCAUUUUAAUCAAACUCAAGUUACUUGAGUUCUAGUUAAAGGAGAAGCACUCAGUGAAGAAACUCAUCCCAUCACGCCUUUGUACCAGUAUUUUCAACUGAUAUAUCAGCUGAUAACCCUGAUAAAAGGGGAUACACUGUGUGCUCUCUCCCCUCCCUUACUUUCCACACUCUUAUGAGGGGUGAGAGAAAAGAGAGAAAAAGGGAAAGAACCGUCUUUCUUGUACUUUUGCAUGUCUAACUGAAAUUAUUUCUCCUCAUAUAGAUUUAUCAUUUUAUAUUUAAAGAAUUAGCCUAACAUUAUGUGGUAUGUUCUAUAAUAGGACAAUCACCAAGUGUAACAGUCUGUAUCAUUUAUUAUGUAUUUACAGUUUUAAAAGAGGAAGAGAAAGGGGAAGAGCAAGAGGAGUCUAUUCGAUAAAUUCAUGGUAAGCUUUGAUCUUUUCUUGGAUUUGUUAAUUAUCAUCAAAGCAUGGCUAAUCAUCACUUUAUACAAAUUCAUACUAAUGGACAGUAUUCUUGGGCUAAUGAUGUGUUUGCUUGUUUUCCAGCCAUUGUUUUUCAAGAGAUGCAGAACUUAUCAACUUCUCCCCAGACCUUUCUGCUCAAGCACUGAAAACAGAGAAGCAUGUUUGUGUUACAUGGUUGAAAUCCGUGUUAACAUCUUUAUUUUUUACCAUUAAAACAAGUUUUAUCUCUAAAACCUCUUUCAUUCAUUUUUCAUUGGUGAUGAAACAGACUGGA